AUGUUGUUCACCCGCGCGGCCGAGCCUGGAAGCUGGCAGCAGGGCAGCUCCGCGUGGUCCGGAAGCGACAGCAGCUCGCCCAGACGCGUGACGUUCGCGACGCCCUCGCCGGUUGUGUUUCGCAGUCGACAGCCGCGAGCGGAGGGGGCGAGUCCCUACGCUGCGGAUCUGACGCAGGAACUUCAGCGCAGGCCUCGCACACAACAACAACAACAACGGCAGACGCAGCGCAAUGCAGCCAGCGCAUUAAGGUCCCCUGCAGCUGCGAGACCAUGCCCGCGCCCGCGACGUCCUGGUUGGGACGCCGACGUGAGCCACAACGCGACGUUGUUUGAUGCGUCGCUGAAGAAGUCGGUACUGUUUCAGCCUCGAGCGGGGGAUCGCAGGAGGGAGGAAGGAGCGGAGAAGGAGAACACUCCUGUGUUACCAAGGAGACAGAACGUGGCCACGUCGAAGCGGACCAAGCCCACUGCAGCGAGGGCACCCGUGCGAUAUCGGUCCGGACCCUCCAGCGUGUACGCGCAGCCGCGCCAAAAUGUGACGCACUGGCCUCAACGCAGAACGAAAGACUUCCGCUUGUCCGCACCUCGAAUAAGCAAGGCAUUGCUUCGCUCUCACGUGCUACCACCUCAUGUAGAAAGUGAGGCCAGUCCAGAACCUGUGAGAUCCCCAAGUGCUUCGUCAUUAUCCCCUCCUCGACCGGCGUCGGCUGCGUCACCAGUUCUCACAAUCGACCCGCCGGCACCAGAUCAAGGUGAUUCGUCGAAAUCGACAUCUCCGUCGCCAGGACCACGGAAGCAAGGCCUCGGAUGGUCGUCACCCUACUCGUCCCCACAGCGAUCCCAACAGUCUUACUCGUCUCGACACUCUCCAACGCCUCGCUCCAGCUCCACGAACCGCAGUAGCGGCCAAGGUUCUCGAACUCGACGAUACGACAACUAUCCAGCGCGUGUGUUUGGAGUUCUAGAUCGGGAUAAUGAGAAGCGGAUCGGAGUGAGUCAAAUUCUGCAGGGGCUUCGACUAUUGGGACUACCAGCGACCCACAAUCAGAUCUCCGACUACGUCUAUCUCAUUCACGAAGGUCGGCACAACACGAUCGACUUGGAGGAAUGGGAGAUUUUGGCUAACGUGGUAGCCGAACACCAACCCAUGCGAGACGAUGAUCCCUACCUCGAGGAAAUUCAGAAUCGCAUUGAAGGGAUCUUCGAAAGAGCCCAUGCCACUGCAACGCUAAAAUGGGCCCCCGAACUGGGAAACAACCAACACGAGAGCUACUCGAGGUCGGAUCGCAUUCUAAAACGCGCAGCGACUGUCGUGUACAGUCUUCGAGCUUCUCUGUUUCCACUAGUGCAUCAAGCUGAAGCCACACUUCGGGAGAUUCAGCAGCGACAUGGUUCAAAGUUGUCGCUUUUCCUGCCCCCAGGCGACAUGGCCGCAAUCGCUCAAAACUCAGAUAUGCUCGCAUCAGCCAUUCUGGACGACAUCUUACUGGACACGGUGCAGUUGCUAAACGACGAGGACAAGCAGCAGUCCUACCGCCAGCUAGAGGCCCACCACGCGGACCAGCUGGACGAUAUAUUGGCUCGCAUUCAAGACAUCGAACGACAAGAAGACAGCAUGAUUCAGCAAGGCCUUGCUCUAAGCUAUGAUAUUCCAGGCACUAAAUGCGAUCUCCCCACGGCUUUACGGCAUGAAGACGCAAGCUCUCUGAUUGGGAAUCCAGUGAAGACUUCCAUCUUGGAAGGCAAACGUCUCCAGUCUAUCGAGAGAAGAAGACACAAGUUUCAGCACCACCGUCGACUCGUCGAAUCAUCUCUUGCAGAAACUGGAAUGGCGCAGUUUGCUGUCAUUGAAAUCUUGGAAGAAAUGCUUCUGGAUGACCUCGUCGAGCAGACUGCCGCAGAAUUGAGUGAUACCGUGUUGUCAAUGUCCGACACGUUGUUGAUAAAUCUGCUGUGA